GCUACUCGCUUUUUGUCAAUUCCUAACGACGAAAGAAUAGAUUUAACUGUCAGAAAUCUAAACGUUUCAAUUACGACUCCAACCAAAAAACUGAGACACUCAAAAAAAGAUAAAAAAAAUCAUAAUAAUAAUAAUAAAGAUAAUAAUAAUAGUAGUAGUAAAGACAUUGAAAUCAUCUUAAAUGAUAUCUCUUUCGAUUUGCCAAAGGGUGAGAUGAUGGCUAUUUUAGGUGGCUCUGGCGCUGGUAAAACAUUUUUAUUAAAUAUUCUUUCCCAAAGAUUUACAAUUCGAAACAAAAACAAAAACAAAAAACAAAAGCAAAAGCAAAAGCAAAAGCAAAAUGAAAAUGAAAAUGAAAAUGAAAAUGAAAAUGAAAAUGAAAAAAACAAAAAAUUGUCUUUUAAUAUACCUGGAAUUGUCAACUACAAAAACAAUUCAACAUCUGAUAUAUCCCAAAUCAGAAAUGCCUAUCUUCUACAAGACGAUUUCUUUUUGCCUGGAUUAACUGUUAAAGAAACUUUAAACUACACUGCUCAAUUACGAAUGCCCUCAAAUACUUCUGACACUGAAAAAUUCAAAUAUGUCGAUUUCCUAAUCCAUGAACUAAACUUAUCAAACAUAUCAAACUCAAGAAUUUGUUCCUUUUUUGAUCCAAAUAAAAGUUACUUGUCUGGCGGUGAAAGAAGAAGAAUAUCACUAGCAAUUCAAUUGUUAUCGAAACCUUCGCUUAUUUUCUUAGACGAGCCAACAACUGGUUUAGACUCAAAUACUUCCUUUAACUUGAUCAACACCCUAAAAAAUCUAUCCAUUAAAUAUGGUUUCACCAUUAUCUUAUCCAUUCAUCAACCAAGACCAGAAAUCUUGCAGCUAUUCAAUAAAAUCUGUCUAUUAGCAAGAGGUGGAAACUUGUGUUAUUUCGGCCCUUUAAAUCAAUCUUUACAAUAUUUUCAAGAUUAUUGCAAAAUUCAAAUCGAUAUUGAUAACAUUAAAAAUUCACAUUCAAUUAAUAUCGCUGAUCUAAUUAUUGAUUUAGUCGCCAAGGAUAAUACAUCUCAAGAAUCUGAAAAAUCUUCUUUUGAAAAUGUUAAACAUUUAACCAAUUGUUGGAAAAAUUACCAAACUCAAACUCUAAUAAACUACUCAAAUGACCAAUUAACCACAAAUCUUGAUAAAGACGAAAAAACGAUUAAUCUAUCUAGUAAAAAAAACAUCUCAUUAUUUCAAGAAAUCAAAAUCUUAACAAAAAGAACAAUUGUUUUAAGUAUCAGAGAUUUUUACUCAAUUUUAUCCUUAAUCUUUGCAUUAUUCUUAAUCGGCGUGGUUAUGUCCUGGCUAUUUUAUAAACCUCCAAAGAAUCUUGCUGGCAUCAGAUCAAUCACCUCUGCUCUUUAUAUAAACUGCGAGAUUCUUUGUUUAGUGCCUUUAGUAUUUGAAAUUGGAAGGCUUUGGACAUCAGAUGGAAAAAUCUUUUUCAGAGAAAAGGCUGAUAAAGCUGUUACUAUUAAUGGCUUUUUAAUUUCAAGAACCAUUGCAAAAUUUAUUGUUGAAGAAUUGCCUGUCACAACUAUUUAUGUUUUAAUUACCUAUUUCAUGUGGGGAUUGGCUCUUGACGCCGGUAAGUUUUUCUAUUACUAUUUUGUUUGUAUAAUACUUGUUUUAUCAGGUUAUACAACAGCAAUGGGAAUUUUUGCUAUUUCUCCUUCCUUUGAAAUUUCAGGUUUAAUUAUAUCCUUUUAUUACUUUGCACAAAAUCUUGGUUCAGGUUAUUAUGUCAAUGCUAAAUCAAUGCCUGUUUAUGUUAGAUGGAUCAAAUAUGUUACUCCAUUUUGGUAUUUCUUUGGCACUUUUGUUUCAAAUGAAUUUACUGGGUUUCUUGGUGAUUGUCCGAAUGGUGAUAUUAAUGAUGAAAUUUGCCAGGAAUACACUGGAAAAUAUGUUUUAAAAGAUUUGGGUUAUCCAAAUAAUUGGUUGGCUUUACCAGUAUGUGUUAUAAUUUUAUUCACGUUUGGUUUUUUACUUGUUGCUGUGUUUGGAUUAUCCCGAAAAAAUGUCUUUGUCUUAUUAACUAAUAAUUCAAAAAACAAUAAAGGUUCAAAUAUAGUCAAAUAUGAAUCCAAUAAUAGUGAUAAUCAAAACAACGAUGAUAAUGGAAAAAAUGAAAGUUCUAACACUAAUAAAAUAGUGAUAAAAGAGAAUCAAUGUCUUACUAAUGAUGUUAGAGAUGAAAGUUUAAAUAUUCAUUUAAAAAAUAUUUCAUUAACAAUUAUUACAAUAAAUUUUUAUCUUAAUCUACUCAAUAGAUUUAUUAAUUUUUUCAAAAAAGAUAACGAAAAAUUUAAGGAUAAUUCAUCUGGUGAUAUUAAAAAGGAAAAAAAAUUAUUAGAAGAUAUCACUUGUUCAUUCGAGCCCGGGAAGAUUAAUUCAAUUAUGGGACCAUCUGGUAGUGGUAAGACAACACUAUUAAAUUUACUAGCUGGUAGACUUUUAAGAAAUUCAUCCACAAAUUUUAAAGUUUCUGGAGAUUUAUUUAUUAACCAAGAUGAACUUAAGUUUAAUUAUUUUCGUAAAUUAGUCUCAUAUGUUGUGCAAGAUAAUCCGAUUUUAGUUCCAAAAUUAACAGUUUGGGAAACGUUAUAUUAUCAAGCUAGAUUAAGAUUAAAAAAUAAAAGUAAUCAAGAAAUUAUUGAUACAGUUAAAAAAUUGAUUCGACAAGUUGGACUUGAAGAUUGUGUUGAUAUGUUUAUUGGGUCAGAAUUUGUCAAGGGUAUUUCUGGAGGAGAAAAAAGAAGACUAUCAAUCGCUAUUCAAUUAUUAAAUGAUCCCAAGAUUUUGUUAUUAGAUGAACCAACCUCUGGGUUGGAUUCAUUUACUGCCAAUAGUAUAUUGAAAUUAUUGGAUGAUAUUGCGAGAAAGGGAAAUAAAACUAUUAUUAUUACAUUGCAUCAACCAAAGGUUGAAAUGUUUAAUAUUUUGGGCAAUAUUUUAUUACUAGUUAAAGGUAGGAUUGCUUAUAAUGGGAAAAGAGAUAAUAUUGAAGAAUAUUUUAAUAACUUGGGGUAUUAUUGUCCAGAUUUUACAAAUUAUGCAGAUUUUUUAUUAGAUUUAGUUUCAUUUAAUAAUCGGAUUGAAAUUAAAAAUGAAAAUAAAAAUGAAAAUGAAAAUGAAAAUGAACAAGCUAGUGAAGAAGCUAAUGAGAAUGUGAAAAGAGAAAUUGAGGAAAAUCCAUUGAAAAUUGAAAUUUCUGAAGAGGAUAGUAAAGCUGUUUAUAAAAAAUACAAAAGUUUAGAAAGAAAAGCAGUUUCAUUCAGAGCUGGAUUAGUGAUUAUAACAAGAAGACAAAGUUUGAAUAUACUUCGAAAUCCUGAUAUAAUUACAGUGAGACUAGCGCAGGUCAUAGUUUUUUCAGUAUUAACCACACUUUUUUUUGCUAGAUUAAAGACUACAUCUGAUUCUAUAACAAAUCGGUUGGGAUUGAUUCAGAAUAUUGUGGGAUUGUAUUAUAAUGGGCUUUUGGGAAAUAUUUCAGUUUAUCCAUAUGAAAGACAGGUAUAUUAUGAAGAAGAUAAAGAUCGAUUAUAUUCUACAUGGGUUUUUUUGAUAAGUUAUUUUUUGAAUGAAAUUCCAUUUGAAAUAGUGGGAUCAAUAAUAUUAAGUGUAUUAGUUGUAUUUGGUAUUGGGUUGCCAUAUAAUUAUAAGAUGUUUUUAGCAACAGUUUAUUGUUCAAUUGUUGUUAUAAAUUGCGGUGAAAGUGUCGGAAUAAUAUUUAAUACAUUAUUUACUAAUUUUGGUGUUGCACUUAAUAUAAUUUCGAGUUUUAUUAGUAUAGGGAUAUUCAUGAGUGGAAUUAUGUCGAUAGAUGCUCCAAAAUUUUUUGAUGCAAUGAAUUAUUUGAGUCCAUUAAGAUAUGCAGUUUUGAUAUUGAUGAAUUUAGGAUUUGAGAAAGAUAUCGUGUUUAAAUGUUUGGAAGAAGUGGAAUUUUGUACAUUGAACUCAGGAGAAAAAGUUUUAGAGUAUUAUAAUUUAAAAGCGAACGUUGGUAUAGAGGCGAUUGGGUUAGGAUGUGUUUUCAUUAUUUAUAGAUUAUUGGCUUGUUUGGUGCUUGAGCUUCGAAUGAGA